AUGGCUGAUAUAUAUACUUCAGCGACGGAUGAAUUGACUGGUAGAUUUCUUUCGCAACAACAAUGGAGUCCAGUCUACCGCUAUCAACAGUGGCCUGUUUUGCAACAACUGCGACAACUAGCAACAUCACAGAAUGCUCAACCGAUUGCAUUACAUCCACCAAUGCAGCAGAUUCACAACGAGAUCAACAAUCGAGCCGGCGAUGCUAUGCCGAUUUAUCAAAAAGUUGCGGCUAUAUACCGGACAAAUGGUGUUCUUCCUCUUGUCACUGGUCUCAUACAAAAAAAGGAGCGCAACCAAAGGCGACACUUCGGUGAAGACGUGAGAGCUAACGUUCGUCUUAAUCAACCAGACCACCUACGAACAUUGGCCGAGUAUGUUGAUGUCUCUUUCUUCAAUGGAACGACGUUCACAGAGGAAGAAAAAACCAAUACUGAAUGGCUCUUCCGAGAAUAUCGACACCGCCUUUCUUUGAAUUGGGCUUUGAGUUACCGGCCAAAAGAUCAUGUUUGGCUAGAUUUCCCUGGGAGUCAAGCUAUUGAUAGGGGUAUUUACAUCCUACAAGAAGAAGAUCGCACUCACAGAAUUCAACACUAUGAUGGUCGAAUGCUUCCUCCAAUUCCAAAUACUUUAUUCGAAAAAGAAUCGUACGUACUAGCGCGAAAUGUCACUUCAAAAAUGACAUUAGACGUGUGUCAUGUUGCCUAA